AUGACGGCGAUCAAGAAUCCAUCGCACAUUAACGAUCAGCUCCUCAAUGAAAAUGAUCCGAUCCAUGUUGCGUCAACAUUUAAGUUUCUCGAACGAGGCGGGGAUAUUUCACAAAAUGCAAAGUUGGCUUACUCCAAAUUCUUGCCUUACAUACUGUUAAACUACAAUUGCCAAACUUCACCUUUCCUCUCAAGAUAUUCACAGUUCGAUAGGAUUUGUAGUUUCGCAGCAAUUGGUCAAGAUGAAGUGAAAAAUGGAAUUAAAGAUAAUAUGUACCCAAAGCCACCAAUAACAUCGGCAAUGGAUAUUGACACCGGUUAUCCACCGAUAAAUAAUGGGGAUCCUAAAAUGAUGUCGAGACUAGUCUUACAAGACAUUCACGAUCUUACGAAGUCGGCCAAGUUAUUUUACAGCAAAAGUCAAAAUACGGUUGAGAAAUAUUGCGAUUUUCUCGUUCAAAAUCGGCUCCACUUUCAAUAUCUGAGACGUAUCGAUGGGACAUCAAAUCUGGAAUAUUUUUUACCAAUCAUGUUAUAUAAAUGGGAUCUGAGAUCUUUGGGUAUUGAUUAUGAGUUCGAUUAUAUCGAGAAGCUGUGUCGCGAAAUUUUAACCUUGGAUGUUGUGAUAUCCGCCAAGGUUUUGAAAGAGUUGCAAUAUUCGACGAGAGGAUUAUUUCAAGAUAAAAUUUUAGCCAGGUCGGCACUGGAGAUAGAUCCAAGUGCAACCUUUUCUGGUUUAGAGUUGUUCAGAGCACCACAAGAUUUCGCAUUUAAAUGUUUUUAUGUUAUGCUCAAAGGAGUAUACUCCUGUAACCUCACCGAAUUAAUACCUGCACGAAAAAUUCUGUUUUUAACUGAGAGAAGCGGGAACGGUGAUGAUUACAAACAUAUAUAUCCGGAACUUCUUGGUCUUAUAUCAGCUAAUUAUCCGGAAAUUUUCGAUAUCGAAAGUUUACUAGUUGAUGAGGAUCACGAGAUAAGAACUUAUAACAAUAACCUUGAAGAGAUUGCCGAACAACUCAUCUUGUCAGUAAGCACCGGGCUCGAUGACGACUCCGAAGAAUCAGCUUUAGCGAUGAAACGGCUGGCAGCUCUUCCAUCCGAGGUCUUAUAUGCACACUCGGACACUCUAAUAAUAUUUUUACUACCAAGACUUUUGGAUAGGAUGGAUUUUGAAAUAUUGAAUUAUAUGAGUGAAGUAUGGCUCCUAUUGUAUAACAUAAGUCCGCAUGAAGCUUCGCUUUUAUUUGUGAAUGGAUUACGCGGAGAACAAGAUCGAAGAUAUCGAUUUCCCGAGCUGCAAAUUAUGCUUGAUCCAUCGUUGGUGUUUCGGAUUGAUGGUCGGGUGUUUAGGUGCCCUCCGUUGUACAAAAUAUUUUUACGGGUAUUAAAAUUCUAUAUGGUGGGGUCGCGACAGAGGUUGCUUCGUAUUUAUCAAGAGAAUUCUAACAAGGAGGAAAUCACCCAAAUAAAUCUUCCUCUGACGAUUAUGGAACAAGAGACUUUGUUGUUAUCAACUGUGCUGGAAAUCUGCAUUUCUGGACCAAAGGAUGAUGAAAAAGAAGACACGUGCAUGAACUGGGUUCAUGAACUUAUAAACCACGAAGACCCCGAAAAACAAAUGUUCGGUCUACGCCUGGCAGGUCAAUUAUGCGAAGUUUGGCCUAUAUUUUCGAUAGCGAAAAAUUUCAUGCUUCCGGCGAUUAAACGCAAGAUUAUGAAUCCUUCCUCCAAGGUUCUGUCUCCCGAGGCAGCAGAAGUUUUACCAAUACUAGUGAAAUUACAUAACAUUUUUGAACAUUUGAGAACGGAUGUGGUCGACCUGUUGCGAG